AUGGCUGACGGUGUUUUCCCAGGUGCUAUUGGUAUCGAUUUGGGUACCACCUACUCUUGUGUCGCUACUUACGACUCUGCAGUUGAAAUUAUUGCUAACGAACAAGGUAACAGAGUUACUCCAUCUUUCGUUGCUUUCAACUCUGAAGAAAGAUUGAUUGGUGAUGCCGCCAAGAACCAAGCUGCCUUGAACCCAAAGAACACUGUUUUCGAUGCUAAGCGUUUGAUUGGUCGUGCUUUUGAAGACGAAUCCGUCCAAAAGGAUAUCAAGACCUGGCCAUUCAAGGUUGUCAAUGACAACGGCAACCCAAAGAUUGAGGUUGAAUACUUGGAAGAAACCAAGACCUUCUCUCCUCAAGAAAUCUCCUCCAUGGUUUUGACCAAGAUGAAGGAAAUUGCUGAAGCUAAGAUUGGUAAGGCUGUUGAAAAGGCUGUUAUUACUGUCCCAGCUUACUUCAAUGACGCUCAAAGACAAGCUACCAAGGAUGCUGGUGCCAUUGCUGGUUUGAACGUUUUGAGAAUUAUCAACGAACCAACUGCCGCUGCUAUUGCUUACGGUUUAGGUGCUGGUAAGUCUGAAAAGGAAAAGCACGUUUUGAUUUUCGAUUUGGGUGGUGGUACUUUCGAUGUUUCUUUGUUAAGCAUUGAAGGUGGUGUCUUCACCGUUAAGGCUACUGCUGGUGACACUCACUUGGGUGGUCAAGAUUUUGAUACUAACUUGUUGGACUUCUUCAAGAAUGACUUCAAAAAGAAGACUGGUUUGGACAUCUCCGGUGAUGCCAGAGCUUUGAGAAGAUUGAGAACUGCCUGUGAAAGAGCUAAGAGAACUUUGUCUUCCGUUACUCAAACCACUGUUGAAGUUGACUCUUUGUUUGAAGGUGAAGACUUCUCUGCUAACUUGACCAGAGCUAGAUUUGAAGACAUCAACUCUGCUUUGUUCAAGUCCACCUUGGACCCUGUUGAACAAGUCUUGAAGGAUGCUAAGAUCAACAAGGCCAACGUUGACGAAGUUGUCUUGGUUGGUGGUUCCACCAGAAUUCCAAAGGUCCAAAAGUUGUUGUCUGACUUCUUUGACGGUAAGCAAUUGGAAAAGUCUAUUAACCCUGAUGAAGCUGUUGCUUAUGGUGCUGCUGUUCAAGGUGCUAUUUUGACUGGUCAAUCUACUUCUGAAGACACCAAGGACUUGUUGUUGUUGGAUGUUAUCCCAUUGUCUUUGGGUGUUGCUAUGCAAGGUAACGUUUUUGCUCCUGUCGUCCCAAGAAACACCACUGUUCCUACCAUCAAGAGAAGAACUUUCACCACUGUUGCUGACCACCAAACCACUGUUCAAUUCCCAGUUUACCAAGGUGAAAGAGUCAACUGUUCUGAAAACACCUUGUUGGGUGAAUUCGACUUGAAGGGAAUCCCACCAAUGUCUGCUGGUGAACCUGAAUUGGAAGCCAUCUUUGAAGUUGACGCUAACGGUAUCUUGAAGGUUACUGCUGUUGAAAAGUCUACUGGUAAGUCUGCUAACAUCACCAUUUCUAACUCUAUCGGUAGAUUGACUUCUGAUGAAAUUGAAAAGAUGAUCAACGAUGCUGAAAAGUUCAAGAGCUCCGAUGACGCUUUCGCCAAGAGACACGAACAAAAGCAAAAGUUGGAAGCUUACGUUGCUUCUGUCGAAUCUACUGUCACCGACCCAGUCUUGUCUGCUAAGUUGAAGAAGUCUGCUAAGGAGAAGAUUGAAACUGCUUUGUCUGAUGCUUUGCAAGCUUUGGAAAUUGAAGACUCUUCUGCUGAUGACUUCAGAAAGGCUGAAUUGGCUUUGAAGAGAGCCGUCACCAAGGGUAUGGCCACCCGUUAA